AUGCUCAGUUAUCUCACCAAUUUUUUCUACAUCCGAAACUUGGUGUCAAAGAAAAGGAGACGAAUGCUUGUGUGUGGAUAUGAUCUUGACAUGUCGUAUAUCACUGACCGCUUGCUGGCGAUGUCAUUUCCUGCUGAACAAAUGCGUGCCAUGUAUCGGAAUCCCCUCUGGCAGGUCAAGACUGUUCUAGAUAUGAGACACUCUGGACACUACAAGGUGCUCGUCAUGCUCGAAGCUCAUUUCUCUCAUUCCUUUGUCUCCCUUGCAUUCCUUUCAUAGUGAUAGACAAUUGUCCACCCACUGCCCUGAAUUUGAUGGGAGCUCAUGCUCCUCCAUAUUUUUUUUUAAAACCCUUGUGAAACAUAAUAUUUCUCUUUGUGGUAUGCAUCGGUCGUAGAUUUAUCUUUAAUAUUUUGAUUUCUUAGUUUUCCCCAGACGUCUAAAACUUUAAUGCUAUUUAUUGUUUCAGGUCUAUAAUUUGUGUGCAGAAGAAUCCUAUGACGUACAUCAUUUUCAUGGACGUGUGGAGGUGUUUCCGUUUGAUGACAACCAUGUUCCAUCACUUUCGAUGAUCAAGCAGUUCUGUGAAAGUGUUCAUUCAUGGCUGUCCCAGCAUCCACAAAGUAUUGCGGUUGUCCAUUGCACGGUAAUAUCUUCAUUAUCUGAAUUCAAAACAGCAAAGACUUCGCAAAAAGUGCACCUAAGAAUUUCUGUCUGAUGGUAUCCGAUUGGUCGUAGAAGUCUUAGCUUUUCUGGAUGUUCUUUUUCCACUUCAGAGAUAUAUUCUGCCGUACCUGCUGCGUUUCUAUGGUUUCUUCAUGGGCCAUGUUACUGAAACAUAUUGAUUGAGCCUUUUCUAUGAAAUAUUUAUUUGCAAAUGUGUUCAUCUUCCUUUGGGUCAUAUGUAGUGCAGUAACCGUUGAAUACAGCAUAUCUCUGCCAAAAGGGAUUAAACUUCAUGAAAUUUUACAUUGAUCUGUAACUUGUAGGCUGGCAAAGGUCGAACAGGUUUGAUGAUAAGUGCUUAUCUAGUUUACACUGGCAUGACAGCUGACGAAGCUCUUCAACUAUAUGCAGAAAGGAGAACAACCAACAAUCAAGGAGUAAGUACUUUGCUUGAAGCAGCCAUCUAUUUGUAAAACCGUAUCCAUUAUGAACUAAUGAUCUCUUUACUUUGUGACCAUUGUGAUGGUAUAAAACAGUGUGAAAAAAAAUAAUCGGUAUAGAUGCUGAAUCGUCCAGUAAUUAUGCUGAAUCUUGACGUGAUUAUAGCCACUUUUAUCUUAUGUGGAUUGUAAUGAUAAGAGUCUCGGAUUCAAUCAAAAAUUUAAAUAAAAUAAAUGUUAACAAAGGAGUUUUUUUCUUCCUUUAACGAUGCAAAAAGGAGGUUUAAGGUGCAAAAUGGGUGAGGGCUUAUCAAAGUAAUGUAGAAAUGAUAUCCAAAGGUAUCUCUUUUAGUCGUCAGAUUGUGAUUCUAGCAUGUUUUAAUCCUCUAUCAAAUUGAAACUCCAUUUUUACCUGGCUCAUCAGUCAAUUUUCCUCAGGUUUCCAUUCCAAGCCAGCGGCGUUAUGUCGGGUAUUGGUCUGAAUUGCUCGAGUUUCCUGUGGGAAUCAGUAGUCAACGUCCCGUAGUACAUUUGCCUCCACGAAGUACCAGAGAACUCCGGCGGAUCCGUCUUUACGACACAGUCAACGUUGACUCUAUCUUUUUUGUGGUCUCUGAAAUGCAAGAGGUAAUCCAUCAACCUAAUUAUUUUCACAUCCGCAUAAUUCCUACUGUUAACCCUUGUAGUUCUUAUCCAGUCGUGACUCAAAUAGAUAGAUGCGGGUGAGGGAGGCACCUUGGUAUGGGGCCUUCGAGGGGGGGUGACCUGGUGACUACCCAAGAUUUAUAUAAGAUGAUCCCCAUGUAAAUUUGUGCAUGGGUGUCGUGUGAGGUUAUGCUCUUUCAAGUUUUUUUUUUUUGCCAAUAAUCCUCGAUAUACAAUAUUUUUAAUUCAUCAUAAGUGAAGAAUUUGGUUUUAUGCUUGAAUGCUCUGAGAAAAACAUGAAACUGUUUUAUCUCACUUGUGCUGGUCAAUGCCUCGAAAAAAAAAAUCUUAUAUGCCAACCAGCUUUAACUUGACAUCUACUACCGUUGACUUUAGUUCACAAUUUUAUUUUUGAAAUGAAGGCCUAGACCGUGAGGAUUUUCUAGUGCUGUCUUUUCCAGAUCAUCUGUGAAGAACCUGAGUUAUUAUACAGAGUGUCAAUGUAUUGUAAACGAAGUUUCAUCAUUUUUUAUGAUUAUUUAGGCUCGAUUGGCGCUGAGCUUAUCUCAGCUCAUCUUCUUGCCCCACCGCGUGGUCAGGUACUGAUACAACAUCAGGAAUCAUGAAGCUGUUUCCUGGCAAAAGGGUCAGCUUGGAUCUUCAGCUAAAUGUCCAUCGUUUCUCUGAACGUUAUCUCUGAGCAAAUAUGUGUUUGACUAAGAAUACCGUCCACGACUUUGCCGUAUAUGCAUGAUAAUAAAGUAUAACUCAAGAUUAAUAUCUGAGUGUGAGCUCUCUUCAGAGACUAAAAUCGUUCAAUGAUUAUUACAAGGUUGAUUAAACAUUGUCAAUGACUUGGUACAGGGAAUGGUUUGCCUCAUUGUGGAAACUAAUGAAGAUGAAUUUUCCAACUGGUUAAUCACCUGUUUCAUGCCCUUUACCAAAAAAAAAAAAAAAAGGAUUUUAUUUAUUUAUUUAUUUUCUUGUACAAACAGGUUCCAGGUCAAGCAUACCAACCACAGGUGGAAGUUGCCAGAGGUUACUGUCGGCAAGUCAAACAAGGUUAUCAUAGAACCUACAGUUCACGUUAUUACCUAUCCUUCGUCGAUGAGGAUGAUGAAAAGACGAAAGGAGGAUCAGAUGGUCCACGAAUGGUGGUUCAGAUGGAUACAGAGAGUUCGACUAUCUAUCAGAAAAAGUGCCUGGAUUACCACUUUGAGAAACCUGUACAUGUGUGCAUUCUUUCUCGACUUUAUCAUCUUGUCCAGUCACCCUGACUUUCUAUCUACAUAGUAACCUGCAUUAUUUUUAUUUUUUUUCAAGGUUUCUGGCGACAUGAGAGUCAUCUUUUAUGAGAAGAUGAUCGGCGGGCGCCUCUUCUAUGCCUGCUUCAACACGACUUUCAUCAAAGGCAGUCUCUUACAGGUAUCAUCUAUGUUUGCCUCAUGAUUAGAAUGUUUUUAUUCAAUGAUCGAAUGCAUGUGGGGUCAUAAUCUAGGUACACUGUAUAGAAUUAUAUGGUCUUUUUCCUUUAAAUUCUACGUGUUGUCAAAUUAUUCCUCUCUUUGAUUGGCCUUGGGCGUGCAGUUGAAGCUUGAAGAUCUUGAUAAGGUCAGCUGUAAAGGUAAAUCCAUUUCAGGGAGAGAUUUCUGCGUGGAGCUGCUCUUUGGACCCGCCAAUGCAUAG